AUGGGGAAUUUCCUCAUUGGAUUCGUCUUGCCCUUAUUGCUUCUAACAGCUGCUUUGCUAAACCAGAGUUUGAUUUCUCUGGUUAAUGUAAUAGCAUUCCUUGUUAUCCCAUACACAGUGCCAAGUAUUGGAUUUCGUUUCGGCAGGCGCCUUCUGUUAUUGUGGCCAGUUCUUGGAUUUUCGGUGAUUGUUAUUUGUGCUCAAGUAGUAUAUCUGGUUAUUUGGGCAAUCGAAGGAGAUGGGUGGGAUGAAGCAAAUUCUUGGUGGUCACGUUUGGUGGGGUUUAUGAUAGUUAAGUCUUGGAAAUCACCCUCAGUGGUCUAUUUCUUGGCGCUACAGCUAUUGGCAGUGUUUGCUGUUUUGAUUGAUGUAUACGGGAAUCGAUUUGGUCUAGUUCCAUGGCAAGGUUCUGCAUGGGGCCGAUUGUUAGCUGCUCUCGAGCAUUUAGGUUCUCAUUUCAAGGUUGCCUCCUGUUUGCUGUUGCCUGCUGUCCAGCUGGCUGUGGGAAUUAGUCAACCAUCGUGGCUGUCUCUGCCAUUUUUUGUUGGCAGUUGUGUGGGUCUUGUGGAUUGGUCUCUCACAAGCAACUUUCUAGGACUCUUCAGGUGGUGGAGGACUCUUCAGCUAUAUGCCAGCUUCAACAUUAUUUUACUUUAUGUCUAUCAGCUCCCAUUUGAGUUGCCAACUAUUUUUCCCUGGGUAGCUGACAUUAUUGGUCUGUUCAAGAUAUCUGGAAGUUUGGAGGGGCCCAAAGUUUGUUCUGGUCUUUCACUUGUGCUAUAUUACAUCAUGCUAUCUUUUGUUAAGUGUGAUUUAGAGGAAAUGGAUAUCAUUCUGUCUGUGAGUGAAGGUAAUUUGAGAGAGCGACUUCUCCCCUUAAGGCACUCCUUUUUCAUUCGUGAAUCAAGAUCUGGUGUCAGGCAUACCAAUGUCUUACUCAGGGGAGCAGUUUUCCGGACUUUUAGCAUCAACUUUUUUACAUAUGGGUUUCCGGUCUCCUUGUUUGCUCUGUCUUACUGGAGUUUCCAUUUCGCAAGUCUAUGCGCAUUCGGUUUGCUCGCAUAUGUUGGGUACAUCAUUUAUGGCUUCCCUUCAGUGUUCCGUUUACACCGGUUAAAUGGUCUACUUCUUGUCUUCAUUCUCCUUUGGGCUGUGAGCACAUAUGUCUUUAAUGUUGCUUUUCCUCUCUUGACUGGAAAACUUGGAAAGGAUAUGGAGAUAUGGGAGAUGGUUGGUCUGUGGCAUUACUCCAUCCCAGGUCUAUUUUUGUUUGCACAAUUUUGUCUCGGGAUGUUGGUUGCUUUGGGUAAUUUGGUCAACAAUUCUGUCUUCCUCUACUUGUCUGAUGAGGUUUAUCAGUCUUCACUUCACAAUUCAAGUAUUGAAGAGGAAGAGGGUACCAAGGUGAUAAUUGUGGCUACUAUUGCAUGGGGACUGCGGAAAUGUUCUCGGGCUAUUAUGUUGGUUCUAAUAUUCCUGAUUGCUAUGAAACCUGGUUUCAUUCAUGCAGUAUAUGUGAUCUUUUUCUUGAUGUAUCUUUUGGCCCACGACAUCAGCAGAAAGAUGCGACAGUCCCUGAUUCUUCUCUGCGAAGUUCAUUUUGGUCUAUUGUACAUUCUCCAGAUCAAGUUAAUAAGUGAUGCUUUAGAGCAGAAAAGUAUGGAAGUUCUGAUGCAGUUAGGUCUUCUCAAACGUGAUAGUUCAUGGGAGUUGUUGGAAAUUGCUGUGCUUGCUUGUUUCUGUGCCAUCCAUAACCAUGGCUUUGAUAUGCUAUUUUCAUUCUCAGCAAUUGUGCAGCACACUCCCAGCCCUCCAGUUGGAUUUAGUAUCUUGAAAGCUGGUCUCAGUAAAUCAGUCCUCUUGACAGUGUAUGCUCCACCCAGGAACAAGUAUGGCCAGGAAAAUAGUUAUGAGACUAGGAUAGCAGCUUUCCUUGGUGCAAUUGGGCAGAAGUUCCUUACCAUGUAUCGAUCGUGCGGAACAUACAUAGCAUUUCUCACUAUUCUUGUCACUGUAUACCUGGUAAUACCCAAUUACAUAUCUUUUGGUUAUAUCUUCCUCCUCCUCGUCUGGAUGAUUGGAAGACAGCUUGUUGAGAGGACCAAAAGGCGUCUGUGGUUUCCACUAAAGGUCUAUGCAAUUAUGGUGUUUGUCUUCCUGUAUAGCUUGAGCAACUUCCCAGCUUUUGAGACUUGGCUUUCUGGGUUUAUCGAUCUUUACUUUUACUUGGGAUACAACUCAAAAGCUUCACUUCUGCAAAAUGUUUGGGAAUCACUUGCAGUGUUGACAGUAAUGCAACUUUAUAGCUACGAAAGGAGGCAAAGUAAGUAUGUUAGAUCAAGAGAUCCUGAGCCAUUGAAGUCUGGGGUACUUGGGUUCAUCAAACGAUUCCUCAUCUUGCAUGGCCAAAAGAUCUUGUUCCUCGCAUUGUUUUAUGCAUCUUUAUCACCGAUUAGCGCGUUUGGGCUUAUAUAUUUACUUGGCCUUGUCAUCUGUUCAACAUUGCCCAAAGCUUCUCGGAUUCCAUCAAAGUCGGCUCUGUUGUACACUGGAUGUCUGGUUACUACCGAGUAUCUCUAUCAGAUGUGGGGAAAACAGGCUGAGAUGUUCCCUGGGCAAAAGCAUUCUGAAAUUUCCCUUCUCUUAGGUUUCCGUGCAUAUGAGCAUGGUUUUUGGGGGCUUGAAACAGGAUUGAGAGGGAAGGUGCUCGUGAUUGCAGCUUGUACACUUCAAUACAACAUCUUCCGUUGGUUAGAGAAGAUGCCAACUACAAUUCUCAAUAGUGGAAAGUGGGAAGAGCCUAUUCCACUGUUUCUCUCAGAUGAUGAUGAUUAUAUUGAUGGCUGGCGUGCCAAUGCAAAUAAACCACAAUCAGCUCAUGGUUCACCUUCUGCUGCGAGAAGAGAGAGCAUAACUACAAGCAACUCUUGGUCAUCUUUUACCUCUGGUCUUCCACAUGCACCUAAUGCUACUUCCAGCAAAACAGUGGGUUCUGAAGGUGGUGAUACUAAAAAGUUUUCAUUUGGAUACAUUUGGGGAAGUACCAAAGAGAGCCAUAGGUGGAAUAAAAGAAGGAUACUCUCAUUGAAAAAUGAGAGGUUUGAGAUGCAGAAGACUAUCUUGAAAAUAUACUUGAAGUUCUGGCUUGAGAACCUGUGUAAUCUUUUUGGCCUAGAGAUUAACAUGAUUGCUCUGCUUGUUGCCAGUUUUGCCUUGUUGAAUGCCAUCUCUUUGCUGUACAUCGCACUGCUUGCUGCUUGUAUUAUAUUGAAUAGGCAGAUCAUAAGGAAGCUAUGGCCCGUACUGGUUUCCUUGUUUGCUUCCAUACUAAUCCUUGAGUAUAUUGCUAUAUGGAAGAGUAUGCUUCCCCUGAAUCAACAAAAUCCGAGUGAGACUGAUGAUAUACAUUGCCAUGACUGUUGGAAUAUCUCAGCUCAACAUUUCCAGUAUUGCAAAAACUGUUGGCUAGGCUUCGUGGUCGAUGAUCCAAGAAUGCUCCUGAGCUAUUUUGCAGUGUUCACAUUGGCCUGUUUCAAACUUAGGGCUGAUCGCUUGUCCAGUUUCUCUGGCUCAUCAACAUAUCGCCAAAUGUUGUCCCAGCGAAGGAACACGUUUGUUUGGAAGGAUCUAUCUUUUGAAACCAAAAGCAUGUGGACUGUUCUUGAUUACUUGAGGCUUUACUGCUAUUGUCAUCUGCUGGAUCUUGUGCUUUGUUUGAUUCUGAUAACUGGGACUCUUGAGUACGACAUACUGCAUCUUGGUUAUCUUGCAUUUGCUCUGGUUUUCUUCAGGAUGAGGCUUGUGAUGCUCAAGAAGAAGAACAAACUGUUCAAGUACCUGCGCAUAUACAACUUUGCCCUUAUUGUACUUUCUCUUGCUUAUCAGUCUCCUUUCUUGGGUGUGUUCAGCUCUAAGAAAUGUGAGACGAUAGAUUACAUAUUUGAGAUCAUUGGGUUUUACAAAUAUGAUUAUGGGUUUCGGAUUACUGCAAGAUCUGCACUUGUUGAGAUCGUCAUCUUUAUGCUGGUGUCUCUUCAAUCCUAUAUGUUCUCCUCUCUUGAGUUUGAUCAUGUUGCUCGGUAUCUUGAAGCAGAGCAAAUUGGUGCAAUUGUGCAUGAAGAAGAGAAGAAAGCUGCUUGGAAAACUGCACAGUUGAAAUAUAUCCGUGAAUCUGAGGAAAAGAAGCACCAACGCCAUUUGCAAGUGGAGAAGAUGAAAGCUGAGAUGCUCAACCUACAAACUCAGCUGCAUAGUAUGAACUCCAUUGGUAAUUGUAGUGCCACAUCCUCUGAUAAGGAAGGCUUAAGGAAGAGGAGGAAUGCACAUCUAUCUUCGUUGGAUAGGGAUUCUGGGAGCCCUGGACAAAGUGAAACAACAGUUCUCGCGAAGCAAGAGGAGGUCACUAGAGAGAUCACAUCAUCAUUUUUGUCUGAAGCAAACGAGUAUUCUUUGGCGGGCUUAAACACAGAAAACCCAGCAACAUCAGCAGUGUCUCCUAAGCAUACAAUGUUAGAAACUCCUUUUUGUGAGAUUACUGAGGUCGGACAGGAAUCAUUUGAUAGCAUCCCACCUUUUGAUUCCAGUAAAAAGGAGAAACUAUCAACCAAGGAAAAUCCUUUAAUUUCUGCUGUACAGUUAAUAGGUGACGGGGUUUCUCAGGUUCAGUCCAUAGGAAACCAAGCAGUGAAUAACCUUGUGACUUUCUUGAACAUAUCACAUGAAGAUCUGGAUAGCAACGAGAACUCUGGGGAGGAAGAAGAAGGACGUAAUAAUAAGGAUACAAGAAAGGUGAAGUAUGUGAGUUUGGACCGUACAUCAUCUUUGCAGUCUGACACUAGUACCGAUGCUACUAGUUUGCAGAUAGGGCGCAUCCUAUGUCAUAUAUGGUCCCAGAUGCGAUCCAAUAAUGAUUUUGUCUGCUAUUGCUGCUUUGUUCUUGUGUUCUUAUGGAACUUCAGUUUGCUCUCAAUGGGGUAUCUUGCAGCGCUCUUCCUGUAUGCACUCUGUGUGAAUACUGGGCCAAGUUACAUCUUUUGGGUUAUUAUGCUUAUCUACACUGAAGUCUACAUAUUACUCGAGUAUCUGUACCAAAUUAUAAUCCAGCACUGUGGCUUAGGCAUUAAUUUAGUCCUGCUUCGUGAGUUAGGGUUUCCUGCUAAUAAAAUUGAGUCAUCUUUUGUCAUAAGUUCCUUGCCACUGUUUCUUGUAUAUUUGUUUACUCUCCUUCAGAGCUCUAUAACCGCAAGAGAUGGGGAGUGGAUGAUGCCAUCGGGGUAUUAUUUCAAAUCUCGAAGAACUGCUUUAAAUAGGACAGAGGUUACCACAGUGAACUAUAACUGGAGGGAGAGAGCUGUGGGGGUUUUGCAUGUAAUGGAAGAGACGGUUAAGCUGAUAGCUAGAAGCAUCUUUAGGUAUUGGGGAUCACUCACACAGGGAGCAGAAUCUCCUCCUUAUUUUGUUCAGGUGUCCAUGGAUGUCCACUCAUGGCCUGAGGAUGGAAUUCAGCCUGAGAGAAUCGAAUCUGGGAUAAAUCAACUACUUAAAAUCAGUCAUGACAAGAGAUGCAAGGCAAAUAGUGCUUGUCCAUUCACUAGUAGUGUUCAUGUUCAGAGCAUUGAAAGAAGUCAAGAAGAUCCAAACAUGGCCUUGGUUGUUCUUGAAGUGGUGUAUGCCUCUCCUUUGACAGGUUCCUGUGCUUCAGCUGAGUGGUAUAAGUCACUAACUCCAGCUGCUGAUGUGGCAAAGGAAAUUCAGCAAUCGAAAGAUGCUGGGUUUGUUGAAGCAAUUAGAUUUCCUUUCCCUAUCCUCUCUGUGAUUGGCGGAGGGAAAAGAGAGAUUGAUUUGUAUGCCUACGUAUUUGGUGCUGAUUUGAGCGUGUUCUUCCUUGUUGCAAUGUUCUACCAGUCUGUCAUAAAGAACAAAAGUGAAUUUCUUGACGUUUACCAGCUUGAAGAUCAGUUCCCAAAAGAGUUUGUGUUUGUCUUGAUGGUAGUAUUUUUUCUGAUUGUCCUUGACCGGAUAGUUUACCUCUGUUCAUUUGCUACUGGGAAGUUAAUCUUCUACAUUUUCAACCUUAUUCUCUUCACCUAUUCAGUUACCGAGUAUGCGUGGAACUUGGAACCUUCCCAAGAACAUGCAGCGGGCAUUGUUCUGCGUGCUGUAUUUCUGGCAAAAGCAGUUUCAUUGGCGCUUCAAGCCAUACAAAUUCGCCAUGGUCUCCCUCUUAAAAGCACUUUGUAUCAGCAGUUUUUGACUAGCAAGGUCACCCGGAUCAAUUAUUUGGGUUACAGACUUUAUCGUGCUCUGCCUUUCCUCUAUGAGUUGCGAUGUGUAUUAGACUGGUCAUGUACUACAACAUCUUUGACCAUGUACGACUGGCUAAAGUUGGAAGACAUACAUUCUAGUCUGUACCUGGUCAAGUGUGAUGCAGUGUUGAAUCGAGCUACACAUAGACAAGGGGAUAAACAAACUAAAUGGACCAAAUGCUGCAAUGGGAUAUGCCUCUUCUUCAUAUUGAUGUGUGUUAUUUGGGCCCCCAUGCUGAUUUACAGCAGUGGUAACCCUACAAACAUAGCAAACCCCAUCAAAGAUGCUCGGGUUCAGGUCGAUAUCAAGACAGUUGGUGGAAGAUUAACACUAUACCAAACCACUCUGUGUGAAAAGCUUCAAUGGGAUCAUGUCAACUCUGCUUCUAACCUGGACCCACUUGGUUAUCUGGAUGCGUACAACAAGGACGAUAUUCAGUUAGUUUGCUGCCAGCCAGAUUCCAGUAUGCUAUGGCUUGUCCCUGAUGUGGUUCAGAAGAGGUUUAUUCAGUCACUUGACUGGGAGAUGGAAAUGGAUAUAGUGUUCAUUUGGGUGCUAACUAGGGACAGGCCAAAAGGCAAGGAGGUUGUAAGAUAUGAGAGAAUCGUUGAUCCUCUCGAUCUUCCAUCAAGAUCAGAUGUUCAGAAGGUUCUCAAUGGUUCUUCAAACAGCUUUAGGAUAUAUAAUGUGUACCCAAGAUACUUCCGAGUCACUGGCUCAGGUGAUGUUCGACCUUUCGAACAAGAGGUGAAUGCAGUAAGCGCUGAUCUCAUCAUGAACCGCAAUGAAUUCAGCUGGUGGAUGUUUUAUGACAUCAAUUCUACAGGUGUAGGCGGCUGUGGAGGUUUGGCUGGGCCCACAGCUGUCAUAGUAUCCGAGGAGACACCACCACAGGGAAUUCUGGGUGACACAAUUAGCAAGUUCAGCAUAUGGGGUCUCUACAUUACCUUUGUGCUUGCUGUGGGUCGAUUCAUCAGGCUGCAGUGCUCAGACUUGAGAAUGAGAAUACCAUACGAGAAUCUACCUUCAUGUGACAGGUUGAUAGCCAUUUGUGAGGAUAUAUAUGCAGCAAGAGCAGAAGGUGAGCUUGGGGUAGAAGAGGUCCUUUAUUGGACGCUUGUAAAGAUAUACCGAUCGCCACAUAUGCUUCUAGAGUACACAAAACCAGACUAA